GGCGUAUCCUAGGCUUCCCCUCGAAGCAACCGCAACGCUCCAAACCAUCCCAUCCGCCGUUUCUAGAGUCUUCGCUCGCUAUGCCGAGUGGGCGGCGUCGCGGCGGAUCGGGCGGGGGCGGCGGCCGACGGGGAUCGCUCGUGGGGCGCGGAGGCGGAGGUGGACGCGGGGGAGGGAGCGGAACGGGACUAGGGGACUAUAGCCAGCAGCGGCAGGCUGCGGAGGCCAUGCGCGACAUCGCCUCCCGCCUCGGGUUCGAGUGCACCAUCAACUAUGGUCCGGAAAUCCAGUGGUCGCCGCAGAUGAAGUUCCUCAUGGCGUGCGAUGAUGGCAACCUCCGCCGCGUCAAGGCCCUGGUGGAUAUCAUGGAUGAGGAUGACAGGGAGUCGCUUGCCUCUGUGAGGAUGGAGGGCUUAGGGGCACUGCAUUCGGCAGCAAUGAAUGGUAAAUUGGAUAUUUGCAUUUACUUGGUGGAGAAGCUGAAGUUUGAUGUCAAUUCACCUGCUAGUGAUGAUUCGGGUGUGACACCUUUGCCUUUUGCGGUCUCGGAUGGACAAGUGGCUGCUGUCAGGUAUCUUCUUGACAAAGGUGCAGAUCCAAAUAAGCAAGAUCAUGAAGGCUAUGCUCCUCUGCACGAAGCCGCAAAAGAAGGAUUUGAUGAAAUUGCACAACUGUUGCUAUCUAAAGGAGCUAGCGUUGAUGUAUCAUCUUCUGAAGGGACACCACUACAUGCUGCUGCUGCCUAUGGAAAGUCUAGCAUCAUGCAGAUUUUGCUGGAGCAUCAUGCAGAUCCGAACAAGGUCUCAGCAAAGUUGUGUACACCCCUGGCUGAAACUCUUCUUUCCACUCCUGAAAGACUGAAUGAAUCGACUUGCUUGAAGUGCAUGAAGAUCCUUGUCAAGGCUGGUGCUGAUUUGAAUUCUAGAAAUCCGGAAACUCCAUUGGUGAUAGCGACUAUCAAAGGCUUAAAAGAAUGUGUUGGGUAUUUGUUAAAGGCUGGUGCAGAUGCCAAUAUUCCAGCUAAUGAUGUUGGUAGCAGACCCAUUGAAAUUGCUGCAGAGUCUGGAAGAGGAAAGCUUGUGGAAAUCCUAUUUCCUUUCACUUCACCUAUUCAUGCUGUGUCAAACUGGAGUAUCGAUGGAAUAAUUGCUUAUGCAAAAUCAAGUAACUCAAAGGACAAGGUUAAUCAAAGUGAUAAAGAUAGCAAGGUUCAGCUGAAAUUACAUUCUGAAAAAACAGUCAAGAAGCAGGAUGCUGGUGCAUCUAAGCCAGAUUCUGAGGUUAAGGCAAGUGACAAAGAUAGAAAGGCUCAGCUAAAAUUACAAGGUGGAAAAUCAGUUGAGGGGAAGGACUACUCUGGUGCACUAAAAUUCUAUAGUGAGGCAAUCAAUCUCGAUCCUACAGAUGCUGUUCUGUAUUCCAAUAAGAGCUUUUGCCAUCUAAAAAUGGGAGAAGCGCGGCAUGCUUUGCAUGAUGCUAUUGCUUGCAUAAGACUGCGGCCUGAGUGGACAAAAGGUUACUAUCGUAAAGGAGCUGCCCUCAUGUCUCUCAAGGAGUAUAAACAAGCAUGUGACGCCUUCAUGGCUGGAGUUAAACUGGAUCCUACAAAUGAGGACAUGCAGCAAGCGUUCUGGGAGGCGGCUGAGGCAAUGAAGCAGAAACAUUCGGCUGAAAAUAGUGUCAACUCGUUUGACUAGGGCUUGAGCGAAUUCUGCUGGGUUAAUUUUGUAUAUAUUUAGCGUUGUGGACUCUAGAUAGUUGCAUGAUACGGUCCGCAGCAGUGGUACGACCGUAGGGGGCAAGUUCUCGAGCCCUUAAACUGUAACUUGGGUGGCGCAUAUCAUGAAACGCUACUGGAUCUUAUUUUUAAUCUGUUCUCUUUUGCAUUAGUACGUGGAA